AUGUCAUAUCUCGGGAUAUCGAAGGGACGAAAGAUAUUCAUCUCGGCGACGGUCAUUCUACUCAACUUCAACGUCACGCUGGGCUCCUCGCUCCCCAGCGGCGCGGCAUCUACCCUGAAUGCCCAUUUUGGCAUCACGGAAAAGCUUCAAAAGCCGCUGCCUGUGGCCGUGUUUCUCGUGGGCUAUAUCUUUGGCCCCAUCAUCUUUGCCCCCAUGUCCGAGUCCUGGGGGCGCCGGCCGGCCUUUCUGAUUUCCUUUUCCAUGUACACGGCGUUCACCCUGGGAUGCGCCCUGGCACCCAACUGGCCGGCGUUCCUCUUCUUCCGGUUCAUGCUGGGGUGCGGCGCGGCGGCGCCCCAGACCGUCUCGGGAGGGCUCUUCUGCGACAUCUACGCCGACCUCCGGCCUCGCGGGCUGGCCGUGACAUUGCUGGGCCUCACGAGCAACGUAGGCCCCCUCUGCGGGCCCAUCAUCUCGGGCUUCACGUCGACGAGGGUCUGGCAGUGGCAGUUUUGGUGCGCCCUCAUCCUCGCCGGCGUCAACUGGCCCAUGCUGCUGGCCAUGCCCGAGACCUUCGCGCCCGUCCUCAAGGCUCGCCGCAUCCGGAAUGUCUCGAACCGUCCGUCGAGCACCCCUGCCGCUGGCAAAGCACCCUUCAACCUUGGAAAACAGGCGCGGAUCCUCGCCCGCCCGAUUCGUCUCCUCUCGGAGCCGCUCGUCUUCUUCACCGACCUCUUCAUCCUCUACCAGUACAUCAUCUUCUUCCUCUACUUCGGGGCGUACCCCGUCAUCUUCCGCGGCACGUACGCCAUGCCGGACGGCAUCUCUGCCCUCAUGUUCAUCCCGACGGGCAUCGGCGCCGUGCUGGCCAUCGCCAUCUUUGUCGCCUGGGACCGGCGGCUGCCGCUCGCGUGCAUCGGAGGGCCCCUUUUCGCCCUCUCCGAGUUCUGGCUGGGCUGGACCGCUCGGCCGAGUAUCCCCUGGGCUGUGCCGGCGCUGUCGGGCAUCCCCCUGGGCAUCGGCAUCGACCUGACCUUUAUGGCGCUCAACAAUUAUCUGACCGACGUCUACGGCAUCUACAGCGCGUCGGCCCUCGCCUCGAGCGUCUUCACGCGCAACGUCCUGGCCGCCGUCAUCAUCCCCCUGACGACGUAUCCGCUGUACGAGAACCUGGGGACCAGCUGGGCCUGCACCCUGCUGGGGGGGUUGUGCGUGCUCCUGACCCCGAUCUCGUUUGCCUUUAUCCGCUGGGGCCCCGUGCUGAGGGCGCGCAGCCCCUUUUGCCAGAAGCUGGCUCGGGCGGACGGCGACGACCAUCGUGGCACCUCGGUGGUGGUGGUGGCGCCUUGUUGA